CUUUGCUACCCGCAUUCGUGCCUCUCCCGCCUGCGAGUUUCCUCGUCCAAAUCUAUGGUAUUCCCCUCGCUACCAAGCAUAACACACCACCUCAACAAGAUUCUCUUCGGAUCGCUCGCAUUCCCUCUCGUCGACACAGACAGGCCUCCUUAGGACCUCUUGCCCUACCGCAGACCUCGACAAGACUCUGCUAACGCUCUUCCAUAUGGGAUAAAUUCGUCUCCAUCUCUCGGAUCCAGGUCGCCUGCUCUGGUUCUACAGUCCACACUCUUCACAAUACCCUACCGCUCCGUCCUAUCAAACCUCGCAGCUCCGCUAGACACAACAUUAUACCAUAUUUAACUCAUCACCCAACCAGCUGCCGCCGUCACCGCAUACAACGAUGUACAGCGCUCUUAAGGCGCCCUCGUUCUUGCGUCCUACCAGUCGCCCAGCUUCCCCAGUUCUCACUCCAGUCCAGGAGCCAGCAAUGGUUCUCGACAGGACCCCGCGUCCCCUCUCCAAGUUGUCGUUGUCUAACUUCAGACGGUCCUCUCCAUCUCCGGCUCCAGCGAGUGCCCUUAUGACCGUGACUCAGGAUGGCUCGUACACAGAAGUGCUGAGCCUCAAAUUCAGCGAGGCCGUGUCCAAAGCCCUCGCGCAGCCUAGCGGGCCCGGCGCUCCGCAUGAGCUCCUCAAUGGCCGUCGGCCGAUCCCCGCGGGACGCGGACGCGCUCUCGGCGCUCUGCUUGCCUCGGAAGUCAAGGCUUCGCGUGAGAAUCCGCCUUUAUACCGCGCAUUGCUCCGGACGCUUCACCGACCACUCUCCGUGCUGUUGUCCAAUCUGUCCAGCGACCUUCUCCCUCUCCUGUCCUCGCCUGCGUUCCUCAGCCCAUUGACGCCGACGCCGCAGAACCCGCAGUCUAAUGCCACGCAGCUGCACGCGCUGGGUCUCGCAGCGGUUGCAGGCGAACUGCUGGAAACAUUUGAUGGUCUGCGUCUCGGCCUCGAGACUGACAUGAGGGGUGACGGGCUGAAGAACAUUCGUGAGGGGCUUGUGUCCGUCGUCAAAAGGGUUGUCGACCCUCUUAUGAACGGCAUCAAGAACGAGUUGUUGCCGUUGGUGACAGCAUUGGAAAUGCCUGCGAAUUCGCCACAGUCGACCAAGGGCACGAGGUCCCCGAUCCCGCAUCCGUCUAUCAUGACCAUGCAGGGCCUGAUGCCUGUGUACUCGCGUGCACUCGCUCGCUACGCCGUUGCGUCAAUUGCUGAGAACACCCUUGCAUCCCUCCUCAUCUCACUCGUAUGGCGUGGACUGGUUGCGCUGUCCAACCGCCCCGCGCCUCUUACCUCGCCUCCGGGCUCACCAGUUCUCUCCGGCAACAACACGGUCAAGCCCCAGGAUAAGCGCAAUGGAUCGAAAUUCACUCCACCCGCGACCCCUCCGUCCAGCAGGUUCACGCUCAAGCUUCCCCCUUCACGCCCUCCCACUCCGCCUGGCGCGGCUACCCCGCGUAGUGCAACGGUCGCAGCAGAUGCGCGUGCCUUCUAUGACCUUCUAGCCACGCUGCCACGCCCUGCAGCCGAUAAGGAGAGCACACGCAUCGCACGCGAGGCCGUCGACGAGGCGUUCGAGGCUCUAAGCGCGCUCACCGCGCUCCUCGAGGCCGUGCAGGCCUUCAUGACGGCCGGCCGCGGUCGUGCAGGCAGCCCUGAACCAGCCAGCUUUGCCGAGCUUGCGGCGGACCUUGAGAUACUCACUACCGACCUGCUCCUGAUUGCGCUACCCGUCCUGCUCCGCGUGCUCGCACCGGCUACGGAUCCCGCGCACGAGCAUACGGUCGCAGAGAUGCUGGGCCUAUCAGACGACGAGUACCGCAAGGGCUGCUUGAGCGGGUUCGGGCGCGCGGAAGAGUGCGCGCUCGCGGUGGGCCAGCGUGUGCUCGACGUGCUCCGUGCGGACGCGCGUGCGGCUGAGUCUGCAGGCGCGAAUGGCGCGCAGAAGGAGAAUAUGGGUCUGCUUUUGAAGUGGCUCGGGGCGCAGGUCGCGGUUGCGGCUGCCGCUGAGCAUUGACUAUCCGUUCGAAAUAACGACGUAAUUGCCCACAGUUGUCUUAUAGUCGUAUUUAUGUCCAUGUUCGUGCGUCGUUCGUUGUCCCUCAAGGUGAUCAUACACGGAUUCACUCUUCUGCGCUGGUGUCUGGCUGAACUUGGUUGGUCUUUCUUCUGCAUUGGCUGGCUGGAUCGCGCUCCUUCAGGUACCCGUACUCUACCACCACACACGUAUAACUUAUUCAGUUUAUCAUCUCUUGAUGGCGCUCGCCGUAGUCGCUUCUCUAGACGUAGACUGUUGUAUUGUAGCGUUUCGUUGGUCGCAAUGCUAUGCCUUCGC